AUGGCGGAAAACAAAGGCGGCGGCGAAGGCGAGAGCGGCGGCGGGGGCGGCGGCAGCGCGCCGGGGACGGCCGGGGCCGGCGGGCCCGCGGCGCAGGAGGCGGAGCCGCCUCUCGCCGCGGUGCUGGUGGAGGAGGAGGAGGAGGAAGGCGGCCGGGCCGGCGCGGAGGGCGGCGCGGCGGGGCCGGACGACGGGGGGGCGGCCGCGGCCUCCGGCCCGACCCCGGCCGCCUCAGCCCCUGCAGCCUCCGCGGGGCCCGGGGCUCCCGGGGGCGCGGCGCCGGCCCCGGCCGCGGCCGCGGCGCCCUCCGCGCCGGGCCCCUCGGCGGGGCCGCCCCCGGGGCCGCCGGCCUCGCUGCUGGACACCUGCGCCGUGUGUCAGCAGAGCCUGCAGAGCCGGCGCGAGGCGGAGCCCAAGCUGCUGCCCUGCCUGCACUCCUUCUGCCGGCGCUGCCUGCCCGAGCCCGAGCGCCAGCUCAGCGUGCCCAUCCCGGGCGGCAGCAACGGCGACGUCCAGCAGGUUGGUGUGAUACGGUGCCCAGUAUGCCGCCAAGAAUGCAGACAGAUAGACCUUGUGGAUAAUUAUUUUGUGAAAGAUACAUCUGAAGCUCCUAGCAGUUCUGAUGAGAAAUCAGAACAGGUAUGCACUAGCUGUGAAGACAAUGCAAGUGCAGUUGGCUUUUGUGUAGAAUGUGGAGAGUGGCUCUGUAAGACAUGUAUUGAAGCACAUCAGAGAGUGAAAUUCACUAAAGAUCACUUGAUCAGGAAGAAAGAAGAUGUCUCAGAGUCUGUUGGAGCAUCUGGUCAACGCCCUGUUUUCUGCCCUGUACACAAACAAGAGCAGUUGAAACUUUUCUGUGAAACAUGUGAUAGACUGACAUGUAGAGACUGUCAGCUAUUGGAACACAAAGAACAUAGGUACCAGUUUUUGGAAGAAGCUUUUCAAAACCAGAAAGGUGCAAUUGAGAAUCUACUAGCCAAGCUUCUUGAGAAGAAGAACUAUGUUCAUUUUGCAGCUACUCAGGUGCAGAAUAGGAUAAAAGAAGUAAAUGAGACUAACAAACGAGUAGAACAGGAAAUAAAAGUGGCCAUUUUCACCCUUAUCAAUGAAAUUAAUAAGAAAGGAAAAUCUCUCUUACAGCAGCUAGAGACGGUCACAAAAGAAAGACAGAUGAAGCUGAUCCAGCAGCAGAAUGACAUCACAGGCCUCUCACGGCAGGUGAAGCACGUCAUGAACUUCACCAACUGGGCAAUUGCGAGUGGCAGCAGCACCGCCCUCCUGUACAGCAAGCGACUGAUUACUUUUCAGUUGCGCCAUAUUUUGAAAGCUCGUUGUGAUCCCGUCCCCGCUGCUAACGGAGCAAUACGUUUUCAUUGUGAUCCCACCUUCUGGGCAAAGAACGUAGUCAAUUUAGGUAAUCUAGUAAUAGAGAGUAAACCAGCGCCUGGGUAUACUCCUAAUGUUGUAGUUGGGCAAGUUCCUCCGGGGACAAACCACAUUAGUAAAACUCCUGGACAGAUUAACUUGGCACAACUUCGACUCCAACACAUGCAACAACAAGUGUAUGCGCAGAAGCAUCAGCAGUUGCAACAGAUGAGGAUACAGCAACCGCCUGCUCCUGUAUCAACAGCAACAACAACGACGCAACAGCACCCGCGACAAGCAGCCCCUCAGAUGUUACAGCAGCAGCCUCCAAGACUGAUCAGUGUGCAAACAAUGCAAAGAAACAACAUGAACUGCGGAGCUUUCCAAGCCCAUCAGAUGCGAUUGGCUCAGAACGCCGCCCGGAUACCAGCGAUCCCCAGGCACAGCGCCCCCCAGUAUUCCAUGAUGCAGCCACACCUCCAAAGACAACACUCAAACCCAGGGCAUGCCGGCCCCUUUCCUGUUGUGUCCGUGCACAACACCACGAUCAACCCAACCAGCCCCACCACAGCCACGAUGGCAAGUGCGAACCGAGGUCCCACCAGCCCGUCUGUUACAGCAAUAGAGCUAAUCCCCUCCGUCACCAACCCAGAGAACCUGCCGUCGCUGCCAGACAUCCCACCCAUCCAGUUGGAAGAUGCUGGUUCCAGUAGUUUAGAUAAUCUACUAAGUAGAUACAUCUCAGGCACUCACCUCCCCCCACAGCCUACAAGUACCAUGAAUCCCUCUCCCGGCCCCUCUGCCCUGUCGCCAGGAUCAUCAGGUUUAUCCAAUUCUCACACCCCUGUAAGACCCCCUAGUACAUCUAGUACUGGCAGCAGAGGCAGCUGUGGGUCAUCGGGAAGAACUGCUGAGAAGACAAGUCUUAGUUUCAAGUCUGACCAAGUGAAGGUCAAGCAGGAGCCUGGGACUGAAGAUGAGCUAUGUGGCUUUUCGGGAGCCGUGAAGCAGGAGAAGACGGAGGACGGCCGGAGGAGUGCCUGCAUGUUGAGCAGUCCUGAGAGUAGUUUGACACCACCUCUCUCAACCAACCUGCAUCUAGAGAGUGAGUUGGAUGCAUUACCAGGAGUGGAAAACCAUGUGAAAACUGAGCCUACAGAUACGAAUGAAAGCUGCAAACAGUCAGGGCUCAGCAGCCUUGUUAAUGGAAAGUCUUCAAUUCGAAGCCUCAUGCACAGGUCGGCAAGGAUGGGAGGAGAUGGCAACAGCAAAGACGACGACCCGAAUGAGGACUGGUGUGCUGUCUGCCAGAACGGAGGGGAUCUCCUGUGCUGUGAGAAAUGCCCCAAGGUCUUCCAUCUGACUUGUCAUGUUCCAACACUUCUUAGCUUUCCAAGUGGGGACUGGAUCUGUACGUUUUGCAGAGAUAUUGGGAAGCCAGAGGUUGAAUAUGAUUGCGACAAUUUGCAGCACAGUAAGAAGGGGAAAACGGCACAGGGGUUAAGCCCUGUGGACCAAAGGAAAUGUGAACGUCUUCUGCUUUACCUCUAUUGUCACGAGUUAAGUAUUGAAUUCCAGGAGCCAGUUCCUGCUUCGAUACCAAACUACUAUAAAAUUAUAAAGAAACCAAUGGACUUAUCGACCGUGAAGAAGAAGCUUCAGAAAAAGCAUUCCCAACACUACCAGGUGCCCGAUGACUUUGUGGCUGACGUGCGUCUCAUCUUCAAGAACUGUGAAAGGUUUAACGAAAUGAUGAGAGUUGUUCAAGUUUAUGCAGAAACACAAGAGAUUAAUUUGAAGGCUGAUUCAGAGGUAGCUCAGGCAGGGAAAGCAGUCGCGUUGUACUUUGAAGACAAACUCGCAGAGAUCUACUCAGACAGGACCUUCGCACCUCUGCCCGAGUUUGAGCAGGAAGAGGAUGACGGGGAGGUGACGGAGGACUCUGACGAAGACUUUAUUCAGCCGCGCAGGAAACGCCUAAAGUCAGAGGACAGACCGAUACAUAUAAAGUAA